UCGCAGAGCUGCAGCCCGGAGCCCUAUGAGAGCCGGCUCCCCGGGGGACACAUUGGCACCAGUCUUCUCACCCGGCCCCUUGCAAGAGUGACCCCCCCAUCCACCCACUACAGACCGAUCACCCCGAUCUCUUCCCCCUGCACCAUGGAGCGGAGGAUGCGGCCUCCCGUGCUGAUCGCCCUGUUGCUGCUGCUGGACGCAGCCCGGGCGGCGAUGGACGAGUGCUCGGAGGGCGGACGGCCGCAGCGCUGCAUGCCGGAGUUUGUCAAUGCGGCUUUCAACGCGACUGUCGUGGCCACCAAUACGUGCGGCUCCCCGCCGGAGGAGUACUGCGUGCAGACCGGAGUUACCGGGGUCACCAAGUCGUGCCACCUGUGUGACAGCAGCCAGCCCCACCUGGAGCACGGAGCCGACUUCCUGACCGACUACAACAACCAGGCUGACUCCACCUGGUGGCAGAGCAAGAGCAUGUUGUCAGGGAUCCAGUACCCGCACUCCAUCAACCUGACCCUGCACCUCGGGAAGGCCUUCGAUAUCACCUAUGUGCGUCUGAAGUUCCACACAAGCCGGCCGGAGAGCUUUACUCUUUACAAGAGGACGCGAGAAGAUGGCCCUUGGAUUCCCUACCAGUAUUACAGUGGCUCUUGCGAGAACACCUACCAAAAACUUAACCGAGGCUUCAUUCGUACUGGAGAAGAUGAGCAGCAGGCACAAUGCACUGAUGAAUUCAGCGACAUUUCCCCACUGACUGGUGGCAACGUGGCUUUCUCUACUUUAGAGGGCCGGCCGAGUGCUUACAACUUUGAUAACAGCCCUGUAUUGCAGGAUUGGGUAACAGCCACAGACAUCCGUGUUACUCUGAACAGGCUCAAUACGUUUGGAGAUGAGGUGUUCAGCGAUCCCAAGGUGCUGAAAUCCUAUUACUAUGCCAUCUCUGACUUUGCUGUAGGAGGCAGGUGCAAGUGUAACGGACAUGCCAGCGAAUGUAUAUACAAUGAAGUUAGCAAGCUGGUUUGUAAUUGCAAACACAACACAUUUGGUGUCGACUGUGAAAAAUGUUCACCCUUCUUUAAUGACCGGCCCUGGAGGAGGGCAACUUCUGAGAGUGCCAAUGAGUGUCUACCCUGUACUUGUAAUGGUCGCGCCCAGGAGUGUUACUUUGACCCAGAGCUGUACCGUUCUACUGGGCAUGGCGGCCAUUGUACUGGCUGCUCAGACAAUACAGACGGGCCAAACUGCGAGCGUUGCCGAGAGAACUACUAUCGUCAGAACAACGACGAGCCUUGCCUGGCAUGUAACUGCAAUCCUGUUGGCUCUCUCAGUACCCAGUGUGAUAACUACGGACGGUGUAGCUGUAAGCCUGGGGUGAUGGGGGAGAAAUGUGAUCGAUGCCAGCCUGGUUUUCAUUCACUCACUGAGGCUGGAUGCAGACCCUGUGCUUGUAACCCUGCUGGAAGUACAGAUGAAUGCAAUGUGGAGACUGGACGCUGCAGCUGUAAAGAUAAUGUAGAAGGCUUCAACUGUGAAAGGUGUAAGCCGGGAUUCUUCCAUAUGGAUUCAGCAAAUACUCGAGGCUGUACCCCCUGUUUCUGCUAUGGCCACUCUUCUGUCUGCAGCAGUGCGGAAGGCUUCACAGUCUCCACCAUCAUCUCCACAUUUGAGACCGGCACAGACAGCUGGGUGGCACAACAGAGGGAUGGUGCCGAGUACCCUCUUACCUGGGUUUCCGAAUCUAGUUCACUGUCCGUCACCUCCGAGAGCUACUUCCCCGUCUACUUCAUUGCUCCUUCAAAGUUCCUUGGCAAGCAAGGCCUAAGUUAUGGGCAGAAUCUGACAUUCAGCUUCCGUGUGGAGCGGAGAGACACCCGGCUUUCUGCAGAGGAUCUUGUACUGGAGGGUGCCGGUCUCAGGGUCUCUGUACCCCUCAUUGCUCAGGGCAACUCCUAUCCCAGUGAAAGCUCCCUGCAAUACGUUUUCAGGUUGCAUGAGGCUACAGACUAUCCAUGGAGGCCAUCUGUAUCACCAUUUGAGUUCCAGAAAAUGCUGCAAAAUCUGACUGCCAUCAAAAUCAGAGGAACAUAUAGUGAAAAAAGUGCUGGUUUUCUCGAGGAGGUUACCUUGGUAACAGCACAACCCGGUUCUGGUGAUUUGGCACCUUGGGUGGAGGUUUGCAGCUGUCCUGUUGGAUAUAUUGGACAGUUCUGUGAAAGCUGUGCUCCUGGCUACCGACGAGAGAACCCUAACCUUGGUCCUUACAGUCCCUGUGUGCUUUGUACAUGUAAUGGCCACAGUGACUCUUGUGACCCUGAGACAGGUGUGUGUAACUGCCAGCACCAUACAGCAGGUUCUCACUGCGAGAAGUGCAUUGAAGGUUUCUAUGGAGACAGUACUGUCGGAUCCAGUUCUGACUGUCAGUCAUGUCCCUGCCCUGGAGGAUCCAGCUGUGCGGUUGUACCCCGCACCAAGGAAGUAGUCUGCACCAACUGUCCAUUGGGAACAACAGGUAAAAGGUGUGAGCUUUGUGACGAUGGGUAUUUUGGGGACCCACUGGGCCAGAAUGGAGCACCCCGACCUUGCCGUGCCUGUGACUGUAACACUAAUAUUGAUCCAAACGCGGUGGGGAACUGCGAUCGCUUGACUGGGGAGUGUCUGAAAUGUAUAUACAACACGGCUGGAUUCUACUGUGAUCGCUGCAGGGAUGGAUUCUAUGGCAACCCAUUAGGACCGACCCCAGACCAGAAAUGCAAAGCCUGCAGCUGUAACUCGUUUGGCACAGUAAAGAGCCAGAGUACAUGUAACCAGGUGACUGGCCAGUGUGAGUGCCUCCCAUAUGUAACGGAGAGAGACUGUUCAGCUUGUGAGCCCGGAUACUACAACCUCCAGAGCGGUCUUGGCUGUGAGAAAUGCGAUUGCCAUCCCCUGGGAUCUACAAAUGGCCAGUGUGACAUUCGUACCGGGCAGUGUGAGUGCCAGCCUGGCAUCAGUGGGCAACGCUGUCAGCAAUGCGAACCCAACCACUUUGGCUUUGGACCAGAAGGGUGCAAACCGUGUGACUGUGAUCCAGAGGGCUCGCUUUCACUACAAUGUAAAGAGGAUGGGCGUUGCGAGUGCAAGGAUGGUUUUGUAGGAGUCCGCUGUGACCAGUGCGAGGAGAAUUACUUCUACAAUCGCUCAGGUCCUGGCUGUCAAGAGUGUCCUGCCUGCUACCGCUUGGUUAAAGACAAGGUGAUGGAACAGAGAGAGAAACUACAGGAACUGGAGGAUCUCCUGAAGAACCUGGGAACUGGAGAUGAAACAGUCACUGAUCAAGGCUUUGAGGAGCGGCUUAGAGAGGCUGAAAAGGCAGUCAGCGACCUCCUUAUUGAUGCCCAAGGAAGCAAAAAUGUGGAUCAGGGAAUGCUGGACCGCCUGGCAGAGAUAAACGCUACACUAAACUCUCAGCUGGGACGCCUGCAAAACAUCAGAGAUAUGAUCCGGGACACUGACAAACAGGCACAGGAAGCCAGAGAUCGUGUGGAGAGCACAGAGGUCAUCAUUGAUUCUGCAAGGAAGCAGCUGGAGAAAGCCAGGGUGGCCAUUGCUAAUGUGUCCAUCACUCCACCAGAGACAACAGGUGAUCCUAAUAAUAUGACGCUGCUGGCCGAGGAAGCUAGGAGACUGGCUGAAAGGCACACACAGGAAGCACGGGAGAUUGAGAAGGCCGCUAAGGAAGCCAAUGAUACAGCAAAUGAAGCCUAUCGCCUGUUACUAAAGACUUUGGCUGCAGAGAACCAGACCGCAGCUGAUAUUGAAGAACUGAAUAAGAAGUACAAUCAGGCUAAGGAUCUGGCCCGAGAAUUGGAGAAACAGGCCACCAAAGUGCAUGCAGAGGCUGAAGAAGCAGGGAAUCGGGCACUGCAGAUCUAUGCCAACCUCAGCAGCAUUCCUACAAUUGAUACCACAGCAUUGCAGAAUGAGGCUGGAAAAAUUCAGAAGGAGGCUGAAGAAUUGGAUAUGCUGAUUGACAGGAAACAAAAAGAUUAUGAAGAUUUGCGCGAUGACAUGAGGGGUCGGGAGGCAGAAGUCAAACGUUUGCUUGACAAAGGCAAAAGUGAACAGCAGACCGCUGAUCAGCUACUUGCUCGAGCAGAUGCUGCUAAAGCCCAGGCUGAGGAGGCAGCAAAGAAGGGCCGCACCACACUGCAAGAGGCCAACGACAUACUAAACAAUUUGAGAGACUUUGACAAGAGAGUGAAUGACAAUAAAACAGCAGCCGAAGCAGCUUUGCGGAGGAUCCCUGCCAUCAACCAGAUCAUCACUGAAGCCAAUAAUAAGACUCGCCAAGCUGAAAGCGCACUAGGCAAUGCCAAUGCUGAUGCCAGAGGAGCGAAGAGCAAAGCAGAGGAGGCCGAGAAGAUUGGAAAUGCUGUCCAGAAGAAUGCUGCUGCAGCCAAAGCGGAUGCUGACAAAACUUACAAGGAUGUGACAGAUUUGGACGGAGAGCUGCAGGACAUGUUGCGUCAGCUGCAAGAUGCUGAGAACCAGCUGAAGAAGAAGCAGUCUGAAGCAGACAGUGACAUGAUGAUGGCCAAUAUGGCCACUGACGCAGCAGAAGAAGCUGAACAAAAUGCCAGGAAAGCAAAACAGUCAGUCAACAAUGUACUCACAACAAUCAAUGAUCUUCUCAACCAACUUGGUAAGCUGGACUCUGUGGAUGUAUCAAAGCUCAAUGAGCUGGAAAGGACAUUGGAGGAUGCGAAGUCCCAGCUCCGUGACAGCGAUCUAGACCGCAAGGUGGGACAGCUGGAGCAGUCAGCACGGCUGCAGGACGCAGCACUACUUUCCUACCAGCAAGAUAUUGACCAGAUCAUUAAAGACAUCGAUAACCUUGAGGACAUUAAAAACACACUGCCUCCUGGCUGCUAUAACACUCCUAUCAUUGAAAAGCCCUAAAGACUCUGGGAAGAAAGGGAGGAGCUUAGCCAAACUUCCUUCCUCACCAACCUCCAUGUUUUGGCUGUGAAGUGCCUUAUUACUCACCAACCCCAGACUGUCUGCCCUAAACACCAUUCACACCGCGCCCUCCAAAAUAUUGAACUAUAUGGGGGCCAUAAUUGGACAUAUAUUACUUCACCUGAACUGCCUAGCGUACCACAUCUACCAGAGGCAUCUGUCUGGGCUUGAUCCUCUUCCUCCUCCUGAGAGAUGUAUAUCUAUGAGAGAACGAGCCAUUGCCACGCCUCUAUACAACAUAAGACCACUGGGCCACUACACAAGGUGGCUUUGCAGUGUUAGCCAAGGGACACUUUCUAGGAAGGGUUAACCGCUUCAGCAAUAGCUGUUUCUUCAGUGCAAGUGCUCUGUGGCACUGGAGUGGUUAAUAAAGCUAUGCUUUUCUCCUUGUAGAAAAUUAGGGCCUUUUGCCCCGAAAUUGGGAUGCAACGUGUUCCUUGCAAUACACUCCUCUUGCCUUCCAUUCCCUUCAACUAACCUGCUUGGCCUCCUGCCCUAUAGCUUAGCCACACAGUCAGUAUUAUCCCUGACAAUGAUAAGAGUACAGGCUUCUGUUCAUUGCUGUAUAGAAGGGCCCCAAAAUAGGAGACUAGCAGAAAAUACCCUUGUCUGCAGUGAGCUAGUUUAAUGCAUUGUCAAUUGGAAGCAUUGCUACAAAUCUAGCUGCACAGAAGCUGGGGACAUCCAUUUAAGACAGGUCAUAUAAAUGCCAUGGUAUCUCAGAACUGUGCCUUAAAGGGCACCCAGCUCCCACACGUUGUUGUCAACCAGCAAAUAAUCCACGGUAGCAAGAGGUCACCAUACAUAAUAGCAGCAAGAUUUUACCAAGAGUUACCCAUUAUAAAGCCAAAUGAAGUCCAUAGCUAACCAGCAGCCAUAGGUACUCUUGUCCCCGCCAAUUUGAGAAGAUCCACUGGAAUAUUUUUAUUUAGAUGCCAUAAUGUAUAUAUUCUUUUACCAUAGUUUAUAUGUCAGCAGUAUCAGAGGAGGUGUUUAUAUCCAGUCCAUAGCUAUAUAUUUGAGAUUUCUGCACUCUGUAGUAUAGUAGAUUCUUAUUUUAUUAUAAUUAUUAAUAUGGCCACUGUU